ACAGAGAGGGCAGAAAGUAGAGAGAGUAAGCAGAUGACUGCAAAUAAAAAAAAGACAGAGAUUGCAAGAAAAAGAGAGAGACAGAGAGAGGAAAGAAAGAGAAAGACAUGACUCAGUCUUGGAAAUUGUCUAGAGAGCAUGGAGCAGUAGAGGAAGAGUGCAGUCAGAUCUGCGUCAGCUAAAACCUGCUAAUACGAUCAAGAUGAGUGUCUGCUGCUGCUGCUUCUCGAGCUUCUCGAGCUUUGCUCAGGCUUUAUUCGUCCCUUUUUUGAUAAUCCUCUGCCUGUCUGUGGCCUAGUCGAAAACAGCCACCACACCUGAUCAGAGAAGUCUAUUGAAACGGAGGAGAGGGGAUCAAGAGGCGAGGAACGGAAAGAAACUUUGACUUUGUGGAAGUUUUACAUAUGAAGAGUCAAGAAACGCAAAUUACUUCCUUUCAUUGAAGUCUGGAUUGAACAGUAAUACUUUGUUUGCUGAAACAAAGUUUUCGGUUUUCUUUUCUGUUAAAAAAUGCUUUUCUGCUCCACAACCGAGCUGUAAAAAGCUCGCCCUGGAUGCAUGCGAUCCCAGUGACUCAGAUGACUUCAGAACAGGGACGGUUGUGUCAAGAGUGAUCUCACCCCCCUGGUGAGGACAGUGGGUAACAGGCCGUACCAUCACCAGGACCAAACAUCACUGACCAUCAGACUGACAGACACCAGCAAGGAGAAAAAACAAGUGCUAGGGAAGCACGGUACAGAAAUCUGCUUUAUUUUAUAUUUCUGUCUCCUUCAGUGGCCAUGAACAGUCAUGAAUGGCUCUGCAUAUAGUCUGACGAAGAGAAGGAACAACCUCCUCCUGGGAUCAACCAAGUAACCAGAUGUUCCCUGCAGAUAGAUUCCGCUCUCCAGAUGUGAGAGGAACGCUCUGAUUAGGGAACGACUCCCUCGGCCUCUAACCGCCAACUUUGAGAUCAUCUGUGUUCACUCUGUUCUUGACAGGAUUGCAACAGAUCCAGAGCCUGUCGUGGGAAUAGAUUCUGGAUAGGAUGCCAGUCCAUCACAGGGUCUGCUUUAGAGCUUUGUGUGGGUGCCUGUAGCAGGGAUCUAUGGAAUAACAGAGGUCACUGGCCAUGCCUGUAGCCUUGCGCACAAGGAGCUGGGAUUAUCAUGUAACCCCACACUCGAGGAAACAGUACAGCUAUGAUGACCUUGACCUAGUUUGUUGCCAUGCCGGUGUUGGAGGGACUGGUUCCCCCGCAGGUCACAGGGGGCGUGAAAGAUGCGCAUCCAUGCCAGAAUGCUGCCGUCAUCAUCCUGGCUUUGAUAGCUGUCCUGAGGAAGACAGGAACCAGAGGAGAACUUUAUCUGGUACAUUCAAGGGUAUAACAGCUAGCUAUGAAGGUAACAGCCAAAUAGUUACCAAAAGUCACACUUUUGUUAAGGUCAGGAAAUCGAAUGCAGAUGAAGACAAUAUCCACACGAAAGACUGUCCAUCAAGUCCCAACUGUUCAGCACCCAUUUCCAAUCACUUUCUUUAUAAAAGCUUUGAUGAGACCGACGAAAAGAUCACUAGCAAAUCUAUGGCCACAUCCUCUUGCAAUUCUUCAACAAAUGCUGCAGAAGAACAGGCCAAGAAUCUUGAUUGCUCUACAACAGAAUCAGAAACCAAGUAUGCCUCCAAAGAUAAUGCUAAAGUCGACAUUGAUGUGGCAACAGAAUUAACAGGAAAGCCUGCAACUAGCAGUGAGCCAACAGUAGAAGGUAACAGUGUUGAUCUGGUAGUAGAAGCAAGUCUGCUACAUCACCAACAGGUAAUGAGGCUAGGAGUAGAGGCAACAGUCAAUGAUACAUUUGAUCCGGAGAUUUCGCUUGUACCUUAUGAUGCCAUUACAAAUACUGCCCUGACCACAGAGAUCAAGCAGUCUGAAGAAUCUCAAAUACCCAAUAAUAUUGUUGUUCUCCUCAAUUCUAACAUUCCAAAUGACCAGGUAGUCACAAGUGAAGACGUUCUGCAGGCUCACAACCUUAAAGAAUACACAGAACUUGAGUUUUCCUCAUGUGAAUCUAGAAGUACUAGUAAUCCUGACACCUACAGAGACUGCCACACCAAACUGGACACAAUUCCUGAGGUAUCCUUUACAGAGUUGGGGGAGGAAGUGCUGACUCCGAUGAUGGAGGACAUGCCUGGCCCCCACGUUACCACAACUUCAAUGGGUCUUAAGGGUUCUGGAAACAAUAAAGGUAGUUCUGUAGAAAUGGAGAUUCAGAAGGAUACACAUGAGGCAGGAAUUCUAGGAAACUUCCAAAGGAACAUGGCUUUGGCCUCGAAAAAGCCUGAGACUUCAAUUAAAAGCAGAAUGGAAACCUCUGAUCAUGUGAUGAUUCUUCAGAUGAGUCCAAAUAUGGAUGAGGAUGACGCUAACCCUCAGGAAGUUCCUGUCAGGCUUCGAACACAGAAGAGCUCACGACAAGAUAAAGACCUGGAAAGAUCUCAGCUGGACUCCAUGGUUCUGCUCAUAAUGAAGCUUGAUCAGUUGGACCAGGAGAUCCAGGAUGCUUUAGGCUCCACCUCCUUUGACAAUGACAUACUCACUGCCAAGAAGAGCUUUAUUUCUGAAGUGGAUUUGGUGUCACUGGAUGGAGAACGAAGUCUCUCUGAAUCUCUGCAUUCCCUCAACACUCCUCAUCAUCAGUCUUCAUCGUCGCUGUGUUCCGUCAGAAACAGGACAUUAGCUGCGUUGUCAGAGAAAGACCAAGCAGAAAUCGAGGCGAAGGAGGCAUGUACGUGGCUCCGCGCUGCUGGUUUCCCCCAGUACGCUCAGCUCUAUGAAGAUGGUCAGUUUCCUAUCCAGAUCUCAUCAGUCACCAGAGAUCACGACUUUCUGGAUCGAGAUGCCAUUGAAGCACUUUGCAGGAGACUAAACACUCUGAACAAGGGUGCUAUGAUGAGGCUGGAGAUCACUCCUCAGAGAAAAAGAAGUGAAGACUCUGAUGAAGAUGAGCCCUGUGCCAUCAGUGGCCGUUGGACUUUCCAACGGGACAGCAAGCGCUGGUCUCGUUUGGACCAGUUGGACCUGGAUGUCUUCACGUCUUCAGAAGGAGAUGCUAUUUCUGUUCCUACAUUCCUUUCCUCCCAGGAUCAGUGCUUGCCUGGUGGACACCUGCUUCGAGAGAGGGUUAGUGUUAGUGCCGAAAGUGUGCUAACAGAUCUUAGUGAGCAGCCAGAAGUGGGAUCGUUGCACAGUGCCGGAAGUGGUGGUCAUGGAGGGUCACGUAGUAUUACGGUGCCAUCCAGCCCAGCUAACACCAAUUUCAAUGUAGCUACAGCCUCUACAACUCGUGCGAGCUCUGUUGCUAGUGUGUGCUCUUCUGGAACAUCUGGUGCCAAUGAGGAUUCAUUUUCCGAAGGGAUUCCAUCACCGCUUGAACAUGGAACAUUUGCAUUUGAUGCCAGAACCUUCUCAGGAAGUAGUGGAGAUGGUAAAAGUACACGGUCAAGAGCCAAGAGCUUUUUGAAGCGUAUGGAAAGCCUACGACUGCGUAGUAGCAGCAUGUCUUCAAAGCGUAAAAAGAAAUGCGUAGUCAUCAAUGGAAGGCUAGAGAUUAGCGGCCCAGUGUUGAAGGAAGGUCUGGAUGAGGACAAGCUGCGACAGCUCAACUGUUUUGACAUUUCCACAAUGGAUCACACCGAGACCCACAACCGCAGCAUCUCUUACUCCACACAGACAAGCAGUGGAAGCACCGGCAGCAGCAAUUCAGAGACUAGCAGUGGAAGUGCUGUGAGUACACCCAGUCCGAUCACGAGGGCUCGGAGCCACAGCACAGCAGCGGGCUCAAUCAAGCGGGUCGGGAUGUACCUGGAAGGGUUUGACCCAUUCAGUCUUGUUCAGGACAACGAGAACCUGGGGAUCCGGAACUGUGAAAGAAUGCUUGAGCCGAGCAUGACCACAGAGAACAACUUACGAAACCGCAAAAGGAUUAAUGAGAGGCAAGUGGAUCAUACGAGGAUAGAUGAAGAGUCUGGAGUAAUCUACUUUUACCUUCCCGAUGGUCACAAACCGGGUACAUUUCCCAAGUUACUAGCCGACGGGGGUUCUUUUCAACGCAGUGACAGCAGGCCUCACCGCAGUUCUUCCACUUCAUUAGACAGUCGGUUGAGUUUUUAUGACAAUGUACCCUCUGAAAUAGGAGAUGAGGAAGAGGAUGAACCCGAGGCAGAGGAGGAGGAGCCAAAGAUCGAGGAUGUGCUAGAGCGGGUGACUGGCUUGCAGCGACUGGUCAGCACAUGGACAGAAACAGGGCCUGGAGAGGAAGAAGAGGAGGAAGAGGAAGGAGACUCGGACUCAGCCUUGGAUUCUGCCUCCCCUUGCCCUUCAUCACCGCUACAGAAUCGCUUGAUGGAGACAGAGAAUGGAAGCGACCAGGAGAGCACAGGAAACCCACUAGGCGAGCAGGACGACACUGUUAGCGCAAGAGAGAGACGAGAUUCUGGCAUGGGAGCAACACUCACCCGGGCUAACAGGCCUCAGAAGCUGCGCUGGCCCAGUUUCCAGAACUCACACCGGCCGAGCAUGUCAUCGUCCACACUGCAGCUCGACUGUCAGUCAGUACUGCAGAUGAAUCUGCUGCAGAAAUACAGCCUGCUGAAACUCACAGCUCUGCUGGAGAAACACACACCUACAAAUAAACACGGCUUCAGUUGGGCCGUACCCAAGUUCAUGAAGCGUAUGAAAGUGCGUGACUCGAAGGAGAGGAGUGUGUUUGGAGUACCGCUGCAGGUGAAUGUGCAGAGAAGUGGACAGCCGUUACCGCAGGGCAUUCAACAGGCCAUGCGCUACCUCCGCAACCACGGCCUUGACCAGGUGGGCUUGUUCAGGAAGUCAGGGGUGAAAUCACGCAUUCAGGCUCUACGCCAAAUGAACGAAUCAUGCGGCACUGAAGGGGGCGGAGUCAGCUACGAGAGCCAAUCAGCUUACGAUGUGGCAGACAUGCUGAAACAGUAUUUCAGAGAUCUACCUGAACCUCUGUUCACCAGCAAACUGUCUGAUACGUUCCUGCAGAUCUAUCAGUUUAUUCCUGUGGAACACCAUCUGCAGGCGGUGCGUGCCGCUGUGUGUUUGCUGCCUGAUGAGAAUCGUGAUGCUCUACACACACUGCUGUGUUUCCUGAGUGAUGUAGAGGCCAAUGUGAGUGAGAAUCAGAUGACCUGCACCAACCUCGCUGUGUGUCUCGCACCAUCACUGUUCCACCUGAACACGGCGCGCCGGGACGCCUCCUCACCCAGAGUGAUGAGCAGGAAGAAUCCUCUGGGGAAACCGGACCAAAGAGACCUGAAUGAAAACCUGGCAGCGACACACGGCCUCAGUCACAUGAUCCAGGAGUGCAGGAAACUCUUCCAGAUCCCAGAGGAACUGUGCCACUGCCGGAACUCCUACGUCGAACAGGCGUUAAUUCCACUGCGCAUGGAGGACCUUCUGGACGAUGGCCAUGGCUACAGAAGCCUCGUUAAAGAAAGCAUGGAUGCGCUACUUAAAGAAGCUAGGGAAAAGUUCAAAGGCUACUACACCUGCUCAACACCCGAACACGCCGAAUUGGCGUAUAAGAAGGUGCACGAUGGCUGGUCUUUGCGUCAGUGGAAGGUGUGUGUGGACGUGGCGGCCGGAGCAGAUGAGGUUCUGCAGCGAAUCGUUCGUGAGCAGGAACGAUGGGAUGAAGAUCUGCUUGAGAGCCGAGUGAUCAAAACACUCGACAACAACACGGACAUUUAUCAGUACAUCCGUGACAACAUGGCGCCAAAUCCAGUCACUGACUACGUGGUGCUGAGGUCAUGGGUGACGGACCUCCCCAAAGGUGCGUGUGCAUGUGUCUGUGUGUCAGUGGAGCACGAAGCUGCAGCGGUACACGGUGUGCGGGCCAAUGUGAUGACAUCACGCUACCUCAUAGAACCAAGCAGCUCAAACAAGAGCCGUGUCACACACAUCUCCAGAAUAGACCGCAGGGGUCGGUGUCCAGAGUGGUAUAACAAGCUGUAUGGCCACCUGUGUGUCUCUGAACUGGUGCGGAUACGAGACUCCUUCACCUGCCCACUGGACAAAUAAACACACACCUACACACACCUGGACCAUUGAUGACGAAGAGUCUAUAAAUCACACACUGGCUUACGAAGACGGCACGUUGAUCCUUCGAGCUACUAUCAGAGGUCAUGACCUUUUGCAUUCUAAGAUAAAAGUUCACAUGGUUUAAAUGGUUAGUUUAGGGUGCUAUUGCUUCUGAGAAGCAAGAUGAAUGUGUGUGUGCGCGCAUGUGCGCAGUAUGAGUCUGUUGGUGACAAAUGAGACAUAUUCCAUGCACUGGCACCCUAGUAGAGAAUAGUAUGUUGUUCAACUUUACGUGCGUGUUAUAUGUAAGUUUCUGCACGAUUAUUUACAGCUCUUUCACAAUAUCUGUCAAUAUGAUGGAUGGAUGGAUGGAUGGAUGGAUGGAUGAAUGUUUAUAGAUAAAGGACAGAUGUCAGACUCAGCGGUGGCUGGAACACCUUGAAAAUGAAAGGAGGAGUGACAUGUGAUCGUUGGCUCUGCAUGUCCGAGUGCGCAAACAAGAACCGCUUUCAUUUCAUCACUUAUAUAAACUAGACAUAACUUUAUUCAGAUCAGACUGAUGAAUAUUUAAGGUUUCUAAAUCAGGGCUUUAUUUUUCUCGGAUCAACAGUUUUUGAUUCGGAUCGUGCCGUAUUUUUAUGAUCACUGGAUUUGGGGCUAUAUAAAGAUUCAUAUUUGACUUAUUUUGAAUCCUUAUUUACGCUUGUUGUCAAGGUUACAUUCCAGCAUAGUUACCUCAUAUUAUUAUUAUUAUUAUUAUUAUUAUUAUUAUUAUUAUAUUUAUUAUUACUUUAAAACUGUGAUUAAUAACGACUCUUUUCAGUAGUCGUGGUGCAAAAUUUUAUCGUUUUUACGAAUGAUAUUAUUUAAAGAAUCUUUACAUACCGUCGACCUCAAAUUGUAUUCUGGAAUAUUGUUAAUAUCGUCGUCUGUUAUUAACACCACGUUUCUUUUGCAUAUUUAUCGCACACUGUGUUUAUCAUUCGCUAAAUUGUACCUAACGUUUAUCUCCUGAUGGAACAGAAACGGUUCUUGUUGGUUAACUCAGACUUUUUUUUUUAACGAAGGGAAAAUGUUACUGGACCAAAAGCUAGAGAAUUCUCGGUUGAUUUUCUGAGAAAAAACAAACAAACAAACAAAUGAGGAAGUGAACAAAAGAAGGAACCGGAGAAGAUUUGUGGUAAAGAGAGAAAGCUGGAGUCAUAGAGAUGAGUAGAAUAUGCAAAGAAGAGAAGGGAAGUGAUAGAGAAACGUAAAGAGGGAUCAGGUUUUCGGAGGGCAGAGUAGCUUUAAAGCACAACAGCAGCUCAGCAGCUACGCACAACGUGUGUGUCGUCUGUUUUAUUGUUUGUCUGACGAUAUUUAACCCUGCGUUCGCACUAGCAAGUGUUAAGUAGCUGGUGUCAUGUGUAGUUAGUUGCUUGAUUGUGGGUGUGGCCUUCAGGCUACUAUACAUUUUAUACAUCAGAUUUGUUUCUUUAGAGACGUUUAACGAGAAGUUUGUAAGCGAGGAACUGAAGGAACCUUUGAUUUUGUCAUGGCUCGGUGGCACGAGCGUAGGUAGGAAACGAAGUUUAAUUGCUACUUUGUCGCUUGCUAGCGUGAACAUAGAGUCAGUCAACAGUUGCGUGGUCAUCACCUUGCAGUCGCUAGUGACUAUGUUGGCUCUGCCCUCGCGUGCUAGUGGCUGCAUUAUCAAACCUUAAUACUCAGUCUAAAGGGAUAGAAAGUGAGUUGAUUUUCAUUCUCAGUGUUAAUAUAAAUGAAGUAAUUCUGCAGAAAAACACUUAUUUAUGCUCAUAAACUCACUCGUAACAAAUAAAACACAAACGCUGCUUUGGAUUUUCUCUCUUAAAAAUGUCAUUUUACACAAAAACGGUUAUCACUUGUAAACCAUCUGAAUGUUGCCUUGUUGUACAGAGAAACUGACAGUAAUCUGAAAGCUGUGCAUCAUUAAAUCUCAUAACGGUGUGUGUACAUUAACACAGCGCAUGGCUGAGCAUUAAUUUAAAGCUUUGUGUAUUUAAACAGAUAUAUUGGGAUUUGAUUUUGUAUCUUAUUGUAAAUGUUUCUGCUUAAAGUUACAGAAGAUGAGAAAAUGGUUUAUCUUUUAUAUUAUUAAUAUUAUUUCUGUACAGAUUAUUUGCAAAGUGCACUAUUAAAGGUAUUAAAAUCA